AUGGACUUGAAAAUCUCCCGUCCAAGGAAGAGACAUCCAAGGACUGAAACACAGCGCAUCAAAUGGUGGAAUCUGAAGGAUCGAAAGGAGGUAUUUUUCGCGUCCGUGGCUCCAUCUACACUUCCCCAACCUACUCGUAGUGUGGAGGAAAUGUGGUUGUCUACUUCCAGCGUUAUGCGCUUGACCGCGGAAAACACUCUGGGAAAGACGACUCUAGGUAAGCCAAAGGUACAAAAGGCUACGUGGUUUUGGAACGAGGAAGUUCAGGCGGCAAUUCGUGAGAAGAAGUCCAAGUAUAAGCUCUGGUGGAGGACGCGUCAGCCUGAAGAUCGGGGUGCUUACCUAGCGGCGAAGAGGGAGGCUAAGAAGGCAGUCUCCAAGGCGAAGUCGGACCGCUACAAGGCUGUGUACGACAUGCUUGAUACCAGAGAAGGCGAGCGGGCAGUGUAUCGUUUAGUCAGAGCACGUCAUCGCUCAACGUUGGAUAUGGAGCACACCAAGAUCGUUAAGGGAGCUGAUGGAGCCGUUCUGCGCCGCUCUGGUCAGAUCUUGGAGAGGUGGCGAGAGUACUACAAUCACUUGUGUAACGAAGAGUUCUGUCAUCCUCCCAUCCCAACCGUUCCCAGCGCCGAGGGUCCUGUUCUACCAAUUACUGCCGUUGAAGUCAGUGCUGCCCUCGCAAAAAUGAAGUCGAACAAGGCAACCGGUCCUGAUGACAUACCUGUUGAUAUCUGGAAGCUGCUAGGAGAUCGAGGGUCCAUGUGGCUCGCAACUCUAUUUAACAAGAUCGUUGCAGAAGGACGGACUCCAGACGUUUGGCAAACUUCCGUGACCGUGCCUGUCUGGAAAGGGAAAGGAGACAUUGCUGACUGCACCUCGUACAGGCCUAUACGACUGCUCUGCCAUACGAUGAAGAUUUUUGAGCGUGUCCUGGAAGCUCGUCUGAGGAAAAUUCACUAUAGAUGCUAUCCAUGCUGUCCGAAUCCUCCUGGAGAAACAUCGAGAGAAAACCGCAGUGUGCAUCUUGCUUUUCUCGAUCUCGAGAAAGCUUUCGACCGUGUCCCACAUGAGCUGUUAUGGAUGUCCAUGAGGUCGCAUAGAGUACCAGAAGAAUAUGUGAGGUGGACGAAGCUGCUUUAUGCGAAGCCUACCAGCGUUGUACGAUGUGCUGUUGGAACAAGCAGGCCAUUCCCUGUACGAGUAGGGGUUCAUCAGGGUUCAUCCCUCUCACCUCUGCUGUUCAUACUGUGCAUGGACACGAUAACGAAGGAAAUCCAGAAGCAGCAUCCGUGGACUCUACUCUUUGCCGACGAUGUCAUGCUCGCGUCGGAGUCUCGAGAUGAUCUUCAGAAACAAGUGCAGUCUUGGAAGGAUCAGCUGCAGCAAUAUGGAUUGCGCCUCAACACAUCAAAAACUGAGUACAUGGAGUGCGGACCAAGGAUAGAGGAUGGUUCAAUUCGUGUUGAUGGCACCGAAUUAAACAAGGUGAACUGCUUCAAGCACCUUGGAUCCAAAGUGACUUCCACAGGCGACAUUGAUCAAGAAGGUCGAGCACGUGUUAAUGCUGCAUGGAUGAAAUGGAAAAUGGCAACAGGGGUACUGUGCGACAAGAAAGUCCCUGUUCGACUGAAGUCGAAGAACUUCAGGACGGUUGUGCGUCCUGUUGCCCUUUACGGAUGCGAGUGCUGGCCGACAACGAAAGCCUUGGAAAGAGUGCUGCACGCUAUGGAGAUGCGGAUGUUGAGGUGGACGAUAGGUGUGAUGCUAAAAGAGAAAGUAUCCAACGACACUGUGCGCUCCAUCUUCGGUGUCGUCCCGAUAACUGAGAAGAUGAAGGAGGCGCGACUGAGAUGGUUUGGUCACGUAUUGCGGCGGGAGAAAGAUUCUGUUGCCAAAACCGCUCUGAAGCUCGACGUUUCAGGAGUGAGGCCGCGCGGGAGGCCAAAGAUUCGCUGGUUAGACCGUGUGAAGCUGGAUAUGAUAGAUGCACGUUUGUGUACGGCUGAUGCAAUGGAUAGAACCAAAUGGAAGACAAGAAGCAGAAAAGCGGACCCUGCAACAACGCGGGACAAACGCUAG